AUGGACCUGGCCAAAGGACCUUUUGACUACAUCCAUGUACGGGACAUGUACGGUAGUAUCGACGACUGGUCCGUUCUAUACAAGAAGAUAUUCCACCACUUGAAGCCCAGAGGUUGGUUUGAGGAUCAGGAAUUCGAUAUCCGCACGCAUACGGACGUGGAGGAAAUCGCAAAUGACCCCAACCACGUCUUUAACCGGUGGAAUCAGAUUUUCUUGGAUGCUGGGGAAAGAAUGGGCAAGACGCUCAAGAUUGGCAUCGGCUCCCGGAUGGGAGACACCAUGGCCAAAGCAGGGUUCGUGGACGGUGUUGAGCGUAAAUUCAGGCUCCCCAUGGGUGCCUGCUGUCGGGACCCGACGCUCAAGCAAAUUGGAUUUCUUGUGCUCCAUUUCGUGGAGGAAGGGCUUGAAGGGUUUUCACUCCUCAUCUUGACGCAAGUCCUGGGCUGGCGGUAUGAAGAAUGCCAGCUUUUGAUCUCACAGAUGCAGCAGGCUCUUCGGGAUCAGCGGUCCCACCCGUAUUUUGAAGUGUUAGUUGAAUAG